UGUCUCAUUUGCUACACGUUUCAACUUCUACAACAAAUGAGACAGAAGUUCAACAGACAACAGCCUGUUUCCCUACACAACCCUGAUUUAUUCCCUGAGCACCAUCCAUCCUAUCCACUGAAUGAAGCCGGGGUCCUGUGGAAAAAAUAUGAAGAGAACUCAAGACUGAUUCUGGAAUACUAUUUGUAAAUUUGUUCAGAUGAGGAGACCCAGGGCUUAAAUUGGAUGGAAACUCAAAUACUGGAGAAAGUGGGGUCUCUGGAUGGCAGACUCUGAAAAGAAAUGCAGUUUUAAGAGACACCAAAGAUGCUGACUAGAAAGAUUAAACUCUGGGAUAUUAAUGCCCAUAUAACCUGUCGUCUCUGCAAUGGAUACCUUAUCGAUGCUACCACUGUAACAGAAUGCUUACAUACCUUCUGUAGAAGUUGCCUGGUGAAGUAUUUGGAGGAAAAUAACACCUGUCCAACAUGUAGAAUUGUUAUACAUCAGAGCCAUCCGCUACAGUAUAUUGGUCAUGACAGAACAAUGCAAGAUAUUGUUUACAAACUUGUGCCAGGCCUUCAAGAAGCGGAAAUGAGAAAGCAGAGAGAAUUCUAUCAUAAACUAGGCAUGGAAGUACCAGGGGACAUCAAAGGGGAGACAUGCUCUGCUAAGCAACAUUUAGAUUCGCAUCGGAAUGGUGAAACUAAAGCUGAUGAGAGUUCAAACAAAGAAACAUCAGAAGAAAAACAGGAAGAAGAUAAUGACUAUCACCGAAGCGAUGAACAGGUAAGCAUCUGCCUGGAAUGCAAUAGCAGCAAAUUGCGUGGAUUGAAACGAAAAUGGAUCCGCUGCUCAGCACAAGCAACAGUCUUACAUCUAAAGAAGUUCAUUGCCAAAAAACUUAACCUUUCUUCUUUUAAUGAGCUGGAUAUAUUAUGCAAUGAAGAAAUUCUUGGCAAGGACCAUACGCUCAAAUUUGUAGUUGUCACUAGAUGGAGAUUUAAGAAAGCACCUCUCCUGCUACAUUACAGACCCAAAAUGGACUUGCUGUAAGAGACCUUUAUUGUCCUUCUGGACAGCGUUUUUUGCAGAGACUAUCAUCAGGCACCUUCUUAGUGCAUCACUUAAUUCACGUGACACGAACCAGCAGAAUUUUUUGGAAGACUGUAGUGCUCUCACAGGCAGCCAACCUUCUGAAUAUUUCUUCUGGGGAUGUGUUGCCCAGAUUUCUGGACAGAAAAUAUUUAUACUUUUUUUGUACGAAAGAAAUAAAUCACAAGAGGACACUACCAGCAUUAAGCUUACAGAUCCUGAAAACACUUCACAGUUCCAUGUAGCUCGACUUGAUUCAUCUCUUUGCUGCAGUUACGCAAAUAUAAGUUAAAAUGUUCUGGGGGUGAUUUAAAAGGUUGUUUUUGACACCAAAAUUACCUUUAGUUACUUCCCAUCUUUUGAAACUUCUGAAGCUUAUUUUGAUCUAUUCUGCAAAGUGUUUCUGUCUUACUUUGGCUUUCAUUGAGCCCUUUGAAGAGCAUUGAAUGUAUCUUAUGAUUAUAGAGAUUGGUGAUAUUUAUGCUGCAUUAAAAACUUCCUAAAAAUCUAGGCAUCUGAAAACUCCAUGAUUUUCACACAAUGCUUGAUCUCAUUUUAUAUUUCAUUCAUGUUUUGGCAUCCUCUGCAUGUUUUGAUGAGGCUAAUGAAAAUGCAUUUACUUUUUUAACAUGGCCCAAUAUUUUGCUGUGGCAUAAAUUGCAUCCGAUCAUAACACAAGACUACUCAAAGUGCUAAAUUUGUGAAUUUUAAGGUAGACUUGUCUUAUACAGUAGAGGCUUGCAGAAAUCUAUUUUUUCUAUAGGAAGAAUUUUUGUUUUUGCUAAAUUUGUAAACUAGUGGUUAAAGCAUUUUUAUUUUGGGAAACAUACCCCAUAGAAAAUUACACAAGUUCCCAUGUCACUGGUUUAAAAAUUCAGUUGUUAAUUACUGACCAGUUCUAGAUUUCCUUUAAUGGUUUCCUUAAGAAGCCAUUGUUUUCUUUAGUGCAAUCAUUGGCUAUCUUGGAGGUCAGAUUAGAUUGUAGUAGCACCUUCUGGUCUUUAAAUCUAUUAAUUUAGCUUUUGUGUUCAGCCUCAAGAGAUGCCGGACGCUACUCUAUGUAUGUCAUCAAGUCCGCGCUCAGAUAAUGCUUAGAGGGGUGUUAACUUAAAAAAAAUCUUGAAAGCAUUUUAAAAAUAGGUGACUUAAAAAAAACUGUUAAUACUGGUUGAAAGUGAUUUCUGCAAGGAAUAUACUGUAUAACAUAAAAAUAUGAAAUGUUAAUGUUUGACUGGCACAGGGGUUGUAAGAUACUGAAAAGAGGGUGUGCAGUAUGACACACUGGCAGCUGGAGGUUAUUACUUUCUUUUUAAACGCUCAGGAGGGAAAGUUACUCUGUCAGCUGAAAACACCAGGUUUGUAUAUAUAUUAUUAAACCCUUUUAUUCCUCCAUAGGACAAGUGUCACUGGCUAACAUAAGCAUUAUGCCUGUUGGCACAACCCUACUCCAUCCAGUUGUGCUCCUCUGCCCUUCAGAAAAUCAUUAUUUAAAAUUAGAUUCAACAUCAUGAAGUAAAUCAUGAAAAAUACUGGCUUAUCCAAACAUGUUCAUUCUCUUUUCUCCUGGGUCUGAAAGAAAUCCAGCCCCUCCCCAAAACAGCAUGUUCCUGUGUGCCUCCUUACACAUUCUUAGCUGGAGCCUUCCAUUCCUCCAUUUGCCUCCUCCCUUAGCUUUCCUACUGCCACAUUUGUGAGAGGGAACACAGUCUCACCUGUAUAUAUUUCAAAACAGCAUUAUAAAGCUGCAUUCUUUUAUUUUUAUUCAUAAUCGUAGAGGUGAAUGAGGAGGAAAUCAGAAUGGGUGCAAAUGGAGAAACAAGGGAAAUCUACUGGACUAGUAGGAGUGCCAUCUCUGUAAAUCUAGGGCAUGAGAGAUGUAAACGUACUGAGGGGUCGUUGGGCCAGGCAGGAUGACUUCACAUCUGGGCCUGGAGUAUUUCAGCAUUGGAGGGUGGGGGAGUAGAAUUUAGCUCUGGUUUGGUCUUUCUGUUCGUGUAUGCACCUAUCUACAAUUCUACUUUUAUCUGUGUAUAACUUGAAGAAAAAAAUACAAGUGUUGGAAGAGGAAAGGGGAGACUUCAGUAGUUUAGUUUUAGCAACUGGUCCUUUGUGAGCUUUUCACAAAAUGAACCUAGGUGAUGUGAUCCUUUACGUCAAUUGAUUUACCAGGACUUUGUGGAACUGUUAAUCAGUUGUCCGCAUUGUGGGGUGUGUAAGGGAACUUCAGCCAAGUGACCCUAUCCAAAUCAAUCUGAUUAAUUUGCAUGUAAGGGUUUAAUAAAUAUAUAUACACGAUGUGUCUACCUCAGAAUAUGCACUGCAGCAGCGUUUUGUAAAACCAGAUAUUACUACAGUGCUGUUGAAGUACAUCAGAAUUUGAAUAUUUCCUGUGUAAUAAAACUGAGGAGCGAUUAAAUAGUAUGAACAUGCACAUUCAAAAAACCCUCUGCCAUUCAGUUCUAAUUCUCACUGUAGCAAUCUACAGUACAGAAUAUAUAUUUGUAAGUUUGUAGCUAUCUUUGGAAUCACUUGAAUUUGCUAUGGUGCUAUAUCAAUAUAUUUAAAUAUCGGUUGAUAUCUGUAUAGAUACAUAAAUCUGAAGCCUGUAUUAACACCAACAGCUGGUUAUAGCUCAUAAUUGUGUGUAACUCUGCUUUUUUAAAUGUAUUAACCUGAUAAAACCUCAGUGGUAAAAAUACCUAUUUUUCUAAAUUGCAUCAUAUCAGAAUAUCUUCGCUACAGAAACUGUUUCCCAUAGGGGUUUGCUGCACCAGUUGGUUUGAUUUUAGCUUUGUAGAAAGAGUAGCAUCCAAUUAAAUUCAACAGUCAGCGUGAGACCUUAAGGAUUCUAUUUCUGAAAUUUCUGUUUUACUUCUGUGAAGCUUAAGAGACAGUUGAUUUAAUGUCAAAACUAUAUUGGGGAAAAGUAACUAUUGAUUUCUUUUUUAAUAUUGUUUAACGUCUGAAAGCCAGGCUCAGCUUAGAUAUCUCCUGGUCCUGCUUGGUCAUGUUCAGUUUAUUUUGAUUUUAGUGAAGAUGGAGUUACUGUGAAGUAGUUUUCACAACUGCUUACGCUGGUAAGUAAUUGCAGUACAAGUAUCUUGUUGCAUUAUCUUCAGCAGCAAUGAGACUAAUUACCCAGGCUCAUAGUCUCACUAGAUAUAGUUUUCAUUUAAAAUAGAUAAUUCAGAUAGAAUAUAUAAUAUUGAAUUUAAAUAAGAUUUGGGGGUUUUAAAAAAAAUUAACUUUAUAAAAUUAUUUAUUCUAUUUUAAGCCUUCUAUCUUAUUUUACCAUCCAAGUAUUUUGGUUUCAAUGGUCCAGCUUUAUUUACGGGCAUAUAAAAUGAAAUUGUGAGAUGUUUUUACAAGCUUCUUCCUUUUACUUUGCGUUUGAGUAGUUUUUAUUUGAUGUUUUUUGUAUGGAUAAAGAGCAUUACUUAUGCUUUUGUGCAAUAGGUUUGAAACAUGCAUUUAUAAGGCAUAUGUUUAAAUUGUAAAUGUAGCAUCUACUUACAGCUAAAUUGAGAAGGAAUGUAGGUGGGAUUUUUAAAAUGUACAUUCAAAUGGGUUUUUAUUGUUUUUUUUUUUUUUUAUUUUUAAUUUUUGAGUUUUUUUAAUUAUUAUUUUGAAGUGAAGUUUGGGGUUUUAAAAUUGUGUGUAAGUGCAAGAACUACCUGUCAGCAAUAUUUUAAAAUAAAUGAUCUGGCAAGAAACAUUAAUGUGAAUUGUGGAAGCAAUCUGCAAGACUUGCAGCCUAUCCGAAAUUGUUUUUGUGCCAUUGUUACGUCUGGUAUCUUUGUGUACCAUCUAACCUGGGAAUAUUUAUUUUUUAUUGGUUGUGCAAUACUACACGCAACACUAUAACCUCUGGGGAUAUGGGACCAUAUGAAAUAUCAGACUACAACUAUGAUGGUGCUAUUUUUUCCUAUAGGCUCUGAGCCUUUGAAAGCUUAUCUGGCUCUAUUGUCUUCAUAACAGCAUAAUUAGUCUUAGGAGAGUCAUUGGACUCCUCCCCAAUGAAUGGUAAAUGUAGAGGUAUAGCUACCCUGUUUUACAAUUAUUUGAAUCUUACCAUUGAGAUAAGUGUAAUAGGAAAAAGCCAACCAGUUUGUACAUCAACAGAUGAGUCUUUGAUAAAUUUAUAUUGUAAUCUGUACUUAAGAAAUGCAUUUAAUGCAGACAGCUUAAACUGUACUCUACAGAAAAAUCCAGUUUCUGUAUUUCCUCAGGUAAUCACUUCAGUUUGGAUGCUUCACUGGAAGUUUUAAAGCAACCUACGUAUUUGUUCCUCUGCUUCAAAGUUAAAGAAAAGAAAAAAUCCCGUCGUAUAGGCUAGAAUUUUUGCGUAACUUAACUAUACUUAACUAUAAUGGAGAGGUUCACUUAACAUUUCCUUAGGUACCAGGUGCAGAGAGAACAUUUAUUUUAAGAUGCAUAAUUUAGCUUUGAACUGCCCUUUGAUUCUGCGCUUUGAUGAGAGUGGAGUUUAGGUACAGAUUUUCUGGAAACUUGCUCCUCAUGGUAAGCCCACAUUUUUAAUUUUUUUCAAUAGUGUUGAGUUUGAAUUUGCUCAUGUACUAACUUAAGCUUGAGUCCUGCAAUCUGAUCCACCUAGUAGAUCCUUCUGCCCUCACGAAAUCCAGUUGAAGUCUAUGUGGCCUGCCCCAGAGCAGAUUGUAGGACUGGGGCAUAAAGGUCCAAUACUGCAAAUCCGAACCUUGUAACUUUACUCAUAUGGAUGGUUCCAUUUAAAUCAGUGGGAUUAUUCACAGGAGCAGAGUUACUUAACGGCAUGCCUGCACAAGUCCUUUUAACUUACAACAUUGGUUUAAUAUAAUCCUUAACAUCCAAAUGAUUUAACUGGACAAAAAGAAACUUCUUUUUUUCUGGAAUAAAAUUAAUUUAGGGUUAAGGGACAAUAAGCCAGUGCAACCACUAAGCCUUUAUCCUCAAUAUGUGGUAUAUAAAGAUACUGAAACUAUCACAGUAUAAAAUCAUAUUUUUGACUUAGUUUCAUUUGAAAGUUUACAUUUUUUAUGCUUUGUGUUGCUGUGUAAUUUUUGUACUAUUGGUGGCUAGUUUUUGUCUGAAUAAGCCUUUUGGGAUUAUUGCUUAAUGUUUUGAUUUUAUGAUAGUGAAGCUUGUAUUCAGUGUUUUGCCAAUUAAUAUUAUAUGCUUGUUAAUAAAAGCAAAAAAAAAAAAAACUAACUCAAAUUCUCUCAGGCUGAAAGUUUGUCCAUUUUUCCCCAAGAACCUAAAGGAUUAGUUAGUACAAUACAACGGUACUAUACAAUACUGCAUAUACUGAAACAAUCUGCUGUAUAUAGUUCUAUAAUGCAUCUUCCCCCUGAAAUGUAUACCUUUUUUUUUUUUUUUUUGCUUGAAUCCAACACUAGCACUGCACAAAAUGUUACACUAAAUACAAAACUUCUUAAAUUGGUAAAAUGUUUGUGCCAAAUACAUGGCACUCUAUUCAUUAGCAAAUAAAGUGACUUCUGUUGCAUGGAGGAGGUUGUUUUAGGUGCUUUGGACUCUUCGUGCAUUUGUAUGUAUGGAUAUAUUUGCCACACUGUACAUGGUAUCACAUUUACUCGUCAUCUGCUAAUGUUGCUGUGCAGGGUCAUAUUGGAGUCCAACCUUCUGUUGGACACAAUUAACAAAUGUUAAAUCAAAAAAAACCAACCUGCCCAAAUCCUUAUUUUGUUUUAAUUGUUAAUGAUUGACAGAUACUAAUAGUCUAUUUUCUCUCUAGUUGAAAGUUAGAGAAAGAUCUUAGGCUAGCUAAAAUGCCACUCCAGAGAGUGUUGGUUCAUGAACCAGAGGUAAAUUUGCCUUCAAAGAGUUGAUCUAAUUUUUGGUUGCUUUCUGAGUUAUUUUAGCGGUUUCUUCCCUAACUGCUUAAGAUCGUCAGGGAUUAUGUAGGAACUCCUCAAAAGGAUUUACUGUUCUAGAUUUAAAUGAAUCUCAAAGUAAUCAAUGAUUCUCAAAUUUUUGUACUGGUGACCCCUUUCAAAUAGCAGCCUCUGAG